GGAGAUUCUCACUAUUGAUAGCGUCAGUAUGGGGAAGUUAUAAGCAAAGUAGAUUUAAAAAGUCAGUGGCCUGAUAUGUAAAGACUCUCCUUGUCAAAUCAACUCAUUUCUGUCAGUCGCCAUUAGAGCCGUCAGACUUGAACUGCUGUCUCGAGAAGACCAGUUUGGUGUAAAAAACUGUAAAACUUGGAGCAGAAGGUCCCACAGCUCAACAUGCUGCUCCUCAUCUUUUUAGCUGUUGUUUCCUGUGCGGUUGAUGAGAGAGCCAUUUAUGAGCCAAAGGCAUUAUGUGUACCAGAAGGAUCAACUGUGAGGAUAAACUGCACAUACAAAGAUCUAAUAGAAACUACUGGUGUAACAGAACUGUGGUUUUAUGGGUCUGAUGGAUACAAGAUACGUCCUGAUGGAGAAACCACUGUGUAUCACACAGAUAAGAAGAAAAUAGCAAACAGUCACAGACAGCGAGUUGAGUUCUUAGGGAACAAACACACGACUUGUGGAAUAAAGAUCAGCAACGUGAGCAGAGAGGAGAGCGGCUACUACAAGUUUAGAUACGAGGAGGGACAGCGGCCUUAUUAUAGAUGGACACAAAUACCAGGAGUGAAGGUCACAAUCACAGGUCUAAAGAUUGAAGCAACAUCAAUGAAGGUAAAAGAAAACAAAGCAGUAACCCUGGAGUGUCAAAUGAAUUGCAGUCUCAGUGACCGCGUCUUCUGGUUCAGAAAAGGACAACAUUUAAAAGAAACAUCAAAGAAACUUGAGAUUCCGAGAGCCUCCUAUGAGGACCACGGCAGUUACUGGUGUCAGACUGGACACGUCAGGUCCCCAAGUUUUCUACUGAAUGUUUCCUAUGCCCCUAGGAAUGUUGUCAUCAGAGGACAUCCCACCACUGGUAUAGAAGAAGGGACAUCGGUGACUUUAAACUGCACAGCCUUGGCAAACCCACCAGGCCGCUACACCUGGGUCAAGGAGAACAGCAGCCAAGUAGGAUCAGGGGAUCAACUCCACAUCAGCAAGUUUAAUGCUAGUCACGAGGGGUCUUAUCACUGUGAAGCCACAAACAACUACGGGACGACAAAAUCUACAGCUGUCAACCUGACGGUAAACGAGAACAAGAACACAAGUUAUGCCUUAAUUGCCGUACUAAGCCUUAUUAUCCUAUUAGGAAUCUCUUUAGGGAUUUUCAUCUUUCUAAGGAAAAGGACCCAGAAGAAAAAACAGCAAAAAAGAGAAACCCAAGUAAGCAAAGAGAAUGUAAAAGAUAGUGUGUAUGAAGAAGUGUCUGCCCAAAAAGAUGAACCUGUGGAGCUGGAAGAAGGACAAGGAGAAAGAGAAGAGGAGACUUUCAACUACAUGACUGUGCAGUUCAAGGGUAACCCUGACAAAAAAAUACAAGUGAAAGAACAAAAAAAGAAGGCCAAAGAGAUUAAUGGAGAUGUCAUCUACAGUUCAGUAUUUACAAAGUGAGGAGGUGUGUGUGUUUGAACCAUGAGUGUGAAGACUGGCUGAACACACCUGGAUUACUGGGAGAAGUCAAUGAAUUGUCAGCUUUAGUGAAAUGGCCGUCUGUGGACAAGAGGAUGUCCAUAAUCUGAACACCUCAAUGACCUACUAACUGUAAAUGGAGAACUAACUCUGCUCUUAAUGGGCAGAGUUAAUGGCCGCUAUUCAUGUCCAUUGCUAAUAUAAUUCUUUUCAGAAAAGAUCAGAUGAACUUUGUCUUCUCAUCGCGUCACUCAUCCUCGAGGUUUGAUGCCACCUUGCACUUGAAUUCAUGCACUUAAGCUUUGUAAUGAAGUGUUUUGAGAAUAAAGACAUGGAAAUCUAAUCCGUGUCUCAGUCCGAGUCGACUGUUCAUUGAUCUUUGACUGGAUUCUUCAGGAAUAUCAGAUCUGUGCUUGGCCUUUAACCACAAGCAUCAAGACUUAAUAAACUGCCUUAAAGUGAAGAGUGGUCAAGGGUUUUCGAUCAAUAAGUGCAAUCAGGUUUUUGAAUUCUCUCUACAAAAAAUUACAAUGAGGUCUUUUCAUUUGUUCCAGGCACUGUCACCUAUUCACUCUGAGCAGAUAUCAUUUCUUCUACGCCAUGGACCACACUGCAGGCAACCGAUGUUGUGGUUAAUCUGCUAUCUGAUCAGAGCUAAGAGUUUACAUAAUGCAUUCAAAUUGUGUAAAUAAGUUCUUUACAAAUACACCACAUGGUGAACUUCUUCUUACUUUCAGUAAGAGUCAUUUUGUGCUCUAACAAUUCACCAGCCUCUGCAGCACCAUGGUCCCUGGACUGAGCAGGUGCCCUAGCAGAUGUGAUGUAGCCAGUGUGGACAGUCCUCACUGUGUACCUGCACAGGACGAUGACAACACAGGUGGGCUUUCCUCAGAUGUCUGAUGAAGUUAAGAUGUUGCUGAGUCCUGAUGACGACAGAUGAAAAGUGUUGUACCGACUUCACAUUGUCAGAGGUGAUGAUGACUCCAUCAUAGACAGGAGUGUGUUUAGCCUUCAUCAUGUUUACUGUCUCCCAUCAGCCGGUUUUCCUCACAGCUACAGUACCUCCUGCUCCUCCGCACUUAAUGGAAGAUAACUGCAGUAAGUCUAUCGUCUUGCUAUAAAUUGAAGUUCAGCUCCAUUUCUGUUCAUCGCAUAUUUAACACACAUUGCCACAGAAGAACACACUGAUCUGCUUUGAUAUUUCGUGUCUCGUCAUUCAGUCGUUUUUCAUGGUCAGGUGCUCUCACUCCACACAAAAUCUGUGCUGUCACCCAAACACUUAAAUAAGAACAUCAAAUACGCCAUCGCUUGACAUAACCCAACAAGGUAGUGAAUGUGAAGCCAUAGCAUGAUGUCAUCAAGAUGAUGGCAAAAGGUUGAAGUACUGAAUUCAUCAUGAAAAUACUGAGAAUUUCUCAAAUCAUCAGCAAAAUACAUUUAACCCACUGAAGAUUCUGACCUCUGCGUCUUCUCUUGUCAUGGCUUCUGUUUUUGCCAUCUUCCAUAAACCUCACACAAAUACAGUCCUUAAACACACCUCUUGUGGCAGAUCUAACAUGUAAGCUGUGAUCUUCACAAUGGAGAUCUACAUGGUGUCUUCUUGAGGAAAAUGGGCCUCCAUUAAUAUUUCUAAGUAGAUUACUUGAGUUGAGUGGUGGACAUUCUGGACAUUCUAUACGUGCUGCGACUGGAAGUCACAGAAUCAGUUAAGUUGGACUCUGUGCACCUGAAGAAGAUGAUGGUGAGCACAGAUGGAGCCUUCAUCUGUAUACCCUAAAUGGGUUGUGUCCACUUUAGGCCAUCAGUAGUCAUCAGUAGAAGAGUAGACUUUUGUUUUAACUACACGUUAUCUUGUAACGGCUGUCAGGUGUAUUUGCUGUCAGUGUCUGUUUCUACCCUCCAUUAUUAUUAUUUUUUAAUUAUAAUACACAAUUCACUCUCAAGGGUUAGUCAAACCGGUGGACUGCUUUACAAGGAGCACCUGACUCAGAGGCCCAAUGUGAGCCAUAAACAAGAGAGGACAGGAGCCAGAGGGACAGAGGAGAACGUGCCGGCAAUCGAGGAAAUACCCGCCUGCAGGAAGCCAUUAGACGAACCCGGGUUCAUCGAUACAGAAGGGAGAAAGGGUUACGAAUGGGUGGAGGAUCAAUGGUGAAGUCAGGAGAGGACCUGGUGGACCUGUGAAAAGGGACUGUGGGUGUUAUUUGGGUGUCUUAAGGUAUGGCUUGGCGAAACCCUCGUAAGCACGAAUUUUAAGAUAAUGGCAAUCACACUUAUGGACAUUUCAAGGACUUUUUGAACAUGGUAUGUUAACAUUUUGAUAUAAUUGUUAAUUGUGUAUUAGGGGUUUAUUUCUUGAGGGUUUUUGUAAAGGGCGAAGGGGGUGUGCUGCAGCGACGGGUUGUGUAAAUAUCAGAUAAAGUUUUCUUAUGUGUAUAAUUGUCUUUUUUUUUUUACAAGAACUCCUUCAUUUCCUUGCUUACAUUCAUCUCUGUUGACGUGUUCUCUACUUGCGUUGU